UUUUAAAGAUUUCUUAUUCGAUACAAUUUUUAACUAGAUUAUUUAAACAUAAUGUUUACAAACGAAUCAUCUGAUACUGUAGGCUUUGAAUCACAAGUAUCAGUUGCUAAACCAGAAGUAUCCGCUAACGUACAAACUACAGAAAUCACAUAUUUUUCCAAUCAAGCACAAACGGUAGAGAAAAAAAAUGCAGAGACUCAAACUAUACAAGAACAAGCAAAGACACCAAACGUUGAUUAUAACAAAUUGGCAAAAUUUUUGAGAAAAGUUACACCAAGCUUAUUAGAAACAUUGGAUGCAGCUUACAAUACCAAUGCUUUUGAAGAUUAUGAUACAAAAACAACUAAAUCUACAUCCGCUAAUUUACAGUUAUUAAAAAGAUUGAAUACUAUAGAAGAAUCAGAUAUUGUUCUAUCACAGAUAUCACAGAUAAAAAUAAGUGAUUUGUCAUGGAGUAUUGCAGGUGGAACAUUAGCUGUAUCUCAUAGUGCUGUAUACCAUGAAACUUGGUGUGAUCAUCCUACACAAAUAAAGUUAUACGGUCUAUCGAGAGAAGACCAACUUUCAGAUAAUCCUAAUAAGACUUUAGAAGUCAAUUCUUGUGUUACAACCUUGUCUUAUCAUCCAGUUGAACCUUCAAUUUUAGCAGCAGGCUUGUUGAAUGGAGAUGUAUUAAUUUGGAAUCUUAGAAAUGAUGAUUCAUUUAUUCCAAUAUAUGUUUAUGUUCAUGGUGAUAUCGUUUCUCAAAUAUAUUGGAAGCCAAAAACUAUAAAUGAUGUUUCUAUGUUAAUAAGUGCAAGUAGAGAUGGAUAUAUCGCAGUUAACAAAUUAAUGGCUAACUUUACAACUCGUUUGCACAAACAAUUCAAAAUAAUAAAAGAACAUAAUCCAAUAGAAAAUUCGAGACCUCGAAGCGCAGGAGGUACACGCGAACGUGCAGCAGAAGCUGGACUAUGUAUUACCAGUUUUGAUUUUUCAUGGAAAGAUCCUAAUAUUUUCAUUGUUGGAACAUCAUGCGGUGGAAUAUAUAAAUGUUCUCUCGAUCAUGUUUCUCCUAUCGAAGGAGAUGAAAAUCUUUCGGAUCCAGUGAUAGAUAAGUACGAUACACACGAAGGAAGUAUAACGUGUAUCAAAUGUUCACCAAAUCGUAAUUCAUUUAUUGCCUGUGGGAUGAAUAAAGAUAUUCGUAUAUACGAUUUGGAUCAGAACGUUUGUCAGCAAUCAAUUUCGGUGGAAAGUACCAUUAUUGGUUUAACGUGGAUGACAGGAAAUAAAAAUAUAUUUGCAACAUUUGGAGCUGGAAAUGAAAUUAAAUUUUAUAACGAAACCGAUGGUAAAGCCAUGACUAAUAUAAAACUCGAAAUAACUGGCAAAGCUAGUAUUAGUAAUCUAUGUGUCAAUUCUAAAAGAGACAUCUUAGUUAUGGGGGACAUAAAUGGUUAUUUAGAAUUUUGGAAAGUUCCUCGGCAAUUGUUUUGAGAAAAUUUGAUUAUUGAGAAAUUUUCAAACAAUUUAGGCAACAUCCGAGUAAAUGUGAACUUUAGAAAGUUCUUCAGUAAUUGCUUUGACGAAAUAUUUAUUACUUUACAAUUGUUGUAUCAUAUUUAUUAUUUUUAUUAUUAGGGUUUUUAGAUAUAAAGAUAGCCACGUUAAUAUUUUUGUUACUUGUAAUAUUAUAUGGAAAUUUUUAUUAUUUAUUUUGAAUCUCACAUACAUACACACACACAAAAGACGAAUACGUUGCACAAAAUACGCGCUAAAAUCUUUUUUUUUUAUUUAGUUUUCAAGGCUAACACAAUAUUCUUAUUUUUUUCUUUACAUUUAUAACUGUCGUGCGUUUAUAAAUGUAUUAUAAUGAUUGGUGACAUGUCCUUGAAAUGAUCUUGCGGAUUUUCGAAAUUAAAAUUAAACAUAUUAUUUAUUUUUAUCGAGAAAUAUAAACCUCAGUAUCGAUAGGUGUGAAAACUUAUGAACAUAUAAAUGUAUAAGUCAUAUAUACAAUAAUAUAAAAGAAAAUAUUUAUCAACAUUCGAAUGGUAAAACUGUAUACCUUGAAAGUAAUUUCAGAGAGAAAAUGUUUAAAAUAAAAAUAAUUUAUUUCGUUACUUUAAAUAACAAGUAUUGAUUACACACUAUAAAACAAACGAUUGAAAUAUACGUUGGAUAACGCACAUUAUGAUAUUUUAUAAAUAAAUUAAAACAAAUCAAAAUAUAUACAUGAAAUGAUUUAUUUUCAUUGCAUUAACUAUAAAUAUAAAUGUUAGUUAUAAAAAUAGAAAUUGCGAAUCAACAAAUAUUAGUAAUCUUUCCACUAAAGUUGGCAACUUACCACAAAUACCGAUUUCAUUAGAAAAUCUAUGUUGUUUCUAUUGUAAAAAUAAUAAUC